AUGCUGCAUGUCUCUACAGUGCAGCAGCCGCGAAAGCCAAAUAUACCAGAAAGUGUUUUAAGAGAAAUCGAACUCAAAAAGCAAGGAGUGGUGCUGCCGCGGCGGCGGCUCGAAAGAGAUAUAGAAGAAGAAGAGGGAGGGCCUGGGGUUUACAACUACGACGUUCGCAAGGACUACAUUUUGGAAAAAGAAGAAUGGCGUUAUGACAUUCAACCCGAAUUCUUAAAUGGAAAAAAUGUCGGAGACUUUUUAGAUCCCGACAUUAAAGAAAAGCUGAUGAAGUUGGAGGAGGAGGAGCAGCAGCUGCUGCAGCAGGAGGAGCAGCAGCAGGAGCAGAUUCAGGCAAGGAAGCAGCAGCUGGAAGCAGCACGGAGGGCUUUGAGGGAAGAAGAUAUAAAUUUGAAUGAAGCAAAAAGACAAAAGAGAAAACGAGAAGCUUCAGACAGCAUGGAGGUGGAGGGCUCGGGGCGGGAAAAGCUGAAGGCGAAGAUUCGGCGUUUGGUGAAGUCUCGAGAAAAGGAGUCGAAAGAAAGAAAAGAAUUAAAAGAAAGAAAAGGAUUGAAAGAAAUAAAAGAUUUGAAAGAAUUGAAAGAAUUAAAAGAAAGAAAAGAAGUGAAAGAAGAACUCGAGGAGUCCGCAGUGGCGCGGGGCCAGCGGCGCAGACUCGGAGGUGUACGUACAGCUCAGGCCUUCAAGUUGAAAAAACAAAUCGACAAAAAACUAAAAGGAAAAAAAGGAGAGUCCGACAGAUUUAUAAAUGUGAAGAAGCAGAAGUGGAUGCUUUCUGGCAAGCGGACUUUCGGGAAAACCAACAAAAGAUGA